AUGUCGUUUGAAGAACAGAGUGAAGUGCUUAAUUUUCAAUCAAUGGAUAAUGAGAGUUUUAUUGUACCAAAAAUACCUAGAUUUAAUCUUGAAACUUUACAUCCAGAAGCACAACGACGUUUAGAAAUGCUUGGUUUAAUAACUACAAAUGAAAAUGGAGAAAAACAAGAUGCAACAGAUGAAGAAAUCGACGCUGUUUUACAUAAAACAGUACCAAAUGAAAAUCCGGAUAUUCUAGCUGAUAAAUAUAUGAUGCAACAUGGCAUCUAUCAAUUAUUUAAAAAAUUAUCAGGAAAAAUUGUCCUUACUCGACCUAAAGAUCCAAUUCAUUUUAUGAUCGACGAAUUAACAAAUCGUAUGGAAGAUAAAUCAGAAGUCUAA